CUGCUCUUGACCUUAAUCCUCUCCAGAACCAACCAACAACGUUUCUCUAAUGAUGUAAAGAGACGCCGAAAUGCAUGUUUCCAAACUCCACGAGAACAUGCGGUCUGGCAAGCCAUGCAAGCGAUGUGUGGCUAUGACCUCCACCCUUGAUGGUCUUCGGCAGCUGGCUUCGGCAGAUGGCUACGGACACUUCGAUGUUGCAGAUUUGCACCGGUCUGCCACCAAUGGUUGCUCAUGUUGCUCUCUGUUAUAUGGACUCUAUAUCCACCAUGUGGAACCCUCCGAUUCCAAAUUGGAUGCCCCUCAAGGAACUGGUUACUGGAAAUUACGCUCUACCAAUCAAUUAGGGGUCAAGGAAUCUAGAGAUCGAUAUGAAAACCUCGACUACCACUUUAUCCGUGAUGAGAAAAGGUACUUCCCAUCUUCAUACACUCUAUUGAGUGUUCGGACUUCUCCAGGAGACCCGGCUGAGAGGUUCAUCGAUGCUGCAAAUUUUAGGGCACCCCUCAGAGCUACAGAAUUCGAGAACCAGAUUCGAGAUCAGUUGAACGCAUGCAAUCACAGUCAUGAAAAAUGUCCAAAGAGAGAGAAGACCGAGCUCCCAGCUCGUGUGAUAGAUGUCCUUCCCAGUACACCAAGACUGUACCUGAGCAGGCCUAAUGACCGCGCCGAAUAUGUCACCUUAAGUUAUUGCUGGGGAGGCCCACAGGAUCUCACAACAAGUACAGCUACACUUAACGACAGAAAAUCAGCGAUUCCGAUAUCCCUCCUACCUCCUGGCUUGCAAGACGCCAUCUCAAUAACACGUCUUCUAGGGUUUCAGUACCUCUGGGUCGACGCAUUGUGCAUUCUUCAAGACAGCAUAGAAGACAAGGCAGCAGAGAUCGCAAAGAUGGCCGCAAUCUACCGGAACGCAUCAAUGACAAUUGCUGCGGCAAAUACUUCAUCUGUUAAAGACAGCUUCCUCCGAGACAUCGUAUUACCAGCAACUUGCCAACUUCCUUUCUUGAACCCAGAUGGAUCACCAGGCACGAUCUCCCUAGGUGCCAGUGAUAUAGCACCUCGAGACCUUGAGCCCCUCAGCACUCGCGCCUGGACCCUCCAAGAAUCCCUCCUAUCCCCCCGAGUCCUCUACUUCGGAAACCGUGACGUGACCUGGAAGUGUCUCUCCGAAAUGACCAAUAUCACAAAGGUCAACGCAGACUACGACGAGUUCAACACCUACGAGUACCGACGCCACCCUCCUUUCCUAGAUAAUUUCCUCUUCCCGGACGCGGAGAUGUUCUCCAAAACCACGACACGAGAUACCUCGGACCGGUUCAUGGAGCGCUCAAAGGGGGGCUUGACACAGUACGGGGUGUGGACUUACAUUAUGGAAGACUACAGCCGCAGAAGCCUGUCAGUGCAAGCCGAUCGUCUUCCCGCUCUGGCCGGUAUUGCAGGCGAGCUUCAGAAGAUGUGGCAGGAUACACACAUCGUUAGUAUGUGGCGAAAAUGCUUCCUGCAACACCUUGGCUGGAGAGCCUAUGAUGACCGCGGAGCAAAGCUAGCAACUGACUUCCAAUCACCGACUUGGUUGUGGACUACUGCUGGGUUUCGAGUCCAUGUGGAGCCGUAUUUCAAGUUCGAAUGUGCCCGAAUCAGAGAAAUUGAUGUUCAACUCGCACCGCCAGAUUCUUCUUUCGGAGAGAUAUUAUCUGGUAAGAUCAUUCUCGAGGGAGAGGUUUCAACGCUCAAGGAUAUCGAAGAGCGUCAGACAUCUUCUUGGGAACAUGAGCACUGGGACAUCCAAGAGUGCAUUACAUUGGAUCGAGAACUGGGAGGUGAGGAAAACGAAGUCAGCUAUGAGACUCGCUUCUUGCUCUUAGGGUGUUAUUCGCAGCACCGCAGCCAUGGCGUAGGCCUGAUCUUAAAACCUUUUGGAGAUGGAACUUGGAGACGGAUCGGUUUAACGUAUACACACGAGGAUGAUUUGAGCAUGAUGCCACUCAUGUGGCCUAGAGAUCGUUAUCAACCUCAGGUAAUCACAGUAGUUUAGGCUCUUCAGAGAAUUUUGAAUGGCAAGCUUCUGCUACGAACAUUGUCGAUUUCGGGGAGAUAAACGCCGCCACCUGCGAGAGAGAGAAGCCAGACAAAAGUAGGAAUUUCAGGUGAACCUCGGAAUUCUUUUCCAUUCUGUCGGAUUAUGCGGUUUCCAAUAUACAUUACAGAGCGGCUCCUUGCUAUCACAGUCUUUCUAUUGUUGGUAAUUUCCGAAAAGGUUGGAUCGUCAAAAGCCCACUGCAGAUAUACCUCGAACAAUCGAAGUCAGAUGAAUAAACGAUGGAUAACCAC